CUGUAGGAAGUAAAGUCUGCGUACACGGUAAUGUGCUAGUAUAUGCGUGUGUGUUGCUGGAGCAAAAUGCUUAGAAGCACAGAUACCAAACAAUUUGACACUGAAUUAUAACCGCUUGUCUUUUCCCUAUGGAUGGAUAUAUGGUCACAUGCAGAAAGGAAAAAGGAUCAUCUGGCUGUUGCGUUGGAUUAUUAGGGUUGACCAGAACACUGUGACUUGAAGUGCAAGGACAAAGAGGAACUGUUUGAAGACAGUGGGUUACAGGGCACAUUCUCGGCAAGGAAAAUAGCAAGAGAGAACAACCAUGUCCAACCAGGAGUCUGACGUGUACACCAUCUCGCCGGAGAUGCCGGCCGUGUUUGACGGGGUGAAGCUGGCGGCGGUUGCCACGGUGCUCUACAUCAUCGUGCGCUGCCUGAAUCUCAAGAGCCCCACUGCCCCCCCGGAGCUCACUUACCAGGACACGGCCCUCAACCGCUUCUUGCUCAAGUCCUGCCCACUCCUGACCAAAGAGUACAUUCCUCCGCUGUUGUGGGGUAAGAGUGGGCAUCUGCAGACGGCGCUUUACGGGAAACUGGGCAGGGUGAGCUCGCCGCACCCCAACGGCCUCCGCAAGUUCCUGCCCAUGAUAGAUGGUGCCACUGCCACCUUCGACCUCUUCGAGCCCAUGGCUGAUCACCCGACAGGAGAUGACAUCACCAUGGUGAUCUGUCCAGGGAUCGGCAACCACAGUGAGAAGCACUACAUUCGCACCUUUGUGGACUACUCCCAGAAACACGGCUACAGGUGUGCCGUGCUCAACCACCUGGGAGCGCUGCCUAACAUCGAGCUCACGUCCCCGCGGAUGUUCACCUAUGGGUGCACGUGGGAGUACGGCGCGAUGGUGGGGUACAUCAAGAAGGCGUACCCCCAGACGCAGCUCAUCGUGGUGGGCUUCAGCCUCGGCGGCAACAUCGUAUGCAAGUUCCUGGGCGAGAACCGGGCUAACCAGGAGCGCGUGCUGUGCUGCGUGAGCGUGUGCCAGGGCUACAGCGCACUCAGGGCACAGGAGACCUUCCUUCAGUGGGAUCAGUGUAGGAGGUUUUACAACUUCCUGAUGGCUGACAACAUGAAGAAGAUCAUCCUCUCACACAGGGGCAGCCUGUUUGGCAGCAGCUCCAAUAAGAUGCUGGACAUCAACCUUAGCCGGCUCUACACAUGCACCUCCCUCAUGCAGAUCGAUGACAACAUCAUGAGGAAAUUUCAUGGCCACAGUUCCCUGAAGGAAUAUUAUGAGAAGGAGAGCUGUGUGCAUUAUAUUCACAAUGUGAACGUUCCACUGUUGCUGGUCAACUCGGCAGACGACCCGCUGGUGCACGAUUCUCUGCUCACCAUUCCACGCACACUCGCAGAAAAGAAAGAGAAUGUGGUGUUCGCACUGUCCCUGCACGGCGGGCACCUGGGCUUCUUCGAGGGCGCCGUGCUCUUCCCGCAGCCCCUCACCUGGAUGGACAAGGUGAUCUUGAGCUACGCUAACGCCAUGUGCCAGUGGGAGAAGCAGAAGCCUCAGUGCCUAGGCAGCGGCGGGCACACCGCUACCGCCACGUGCCAGGAAGAAGCCACGCAAUCCUAGAGGGCACUGGACAGGCCUCUCUGACCCCCCCCCCCCACACCCCACAUCCCACUCCCCACUCCCCACACCCACCAGGCUGCCCACUCGCCCAGCCAUGUCUAUUCUCACUGUGCUUCUGUGCCCACCGCCCUCCCCAGAAUUUGACCUUUUGUCCCUUGAAGCCUCACAUGGCGUUGAAGCCUCACCCCGCUGUCCUCCGAGUCACCCACAUCACCUUACCUGCGAAAGCAUCCUGAGGAGUUUUCCUUCGAUGCCUUUGUGCACGUGGCAAUUUUGUUUGAAGAAUGGGAGAACGAUUUUUUUUUUUCUCUGUCAUUCUUGAAAAGUCUCCUCAACUUUCCCAGAGAGGGGAAGUGUGAGAGCGAGGGAGAGAGACAAACCACGUUGACCAAAACAAGACUCGAAGAAAAAAAAAAAAAAAAAAACAGGAAAAAAAUGUACCACACAAGUGACUUGUCGUUAUGUUUGGAGAGCACGGGCACCAUCAUCUCAGUUCCUGAGACCAUGCGGAGGACCAAAGGCCUCCGUCUUCAUAGAAUGACUCUCGCUGUGGGACUCCCACAAAAGGCUGGCCAGACAGAACCCGGCCCGCCUGCUUCCCAAAGGACAUCCAACAGAAAUGCACAUUCUGCUCAACAAACAGCAUCUAAUCUACAAUGGGUUAGCCAGCACUGUGUGGUUCUGCGGGAAAAUGUAGUGUGUGUGUGUGUGGGGGGGGGGGGUCUCCAGAGUUUAAGGUUCUUGCUGUAGUUUUUUGACCUUUAGCUCUGUACUACAAAACCAACAGUUGUGCUUCUCUUUCACUAAAAGUGUAAAAAGGUGAAACCCUUUUUCAUGUUGGGAUCGAGCGCUUCCCCCCUGACCACGCUGAACAUGCCAGUCCUGCCACCUUGCCAACACAUGUUUGAGCCUCGGUAACACAUUCCUGCAGAUCACCUCAGCCUGAUCCAGUUUUCUUACAAAAAUAUACAAAAGCACUUUAAUUUCUUCUGCCAUGAAAAUGUCUUCUUGAAAGCCUAGCUAGAUGAGGCGUUUUUGUUUUUUUCUCUAGGAUGAGUAGGAUGUGUUAGUUGAGCCAAGCCAGUGGAGGGCAGAUGGGCAUGGGUAGACAUGAGAGACCGGUCAGCUGAGCAGUUCCUGAACCUUUCCUAUAUGAGAACCAUCAGUCAUGUGACAUGUUUGGAGUCAAAUGGACCUCAACAACUGCUCUUAACAAACUUAUCACUUAUGUGAUUCUUUUUGUAUCUUAAAAUACUUCCCAGCACUGUUUCUUGUAGAAUGCAAAACAGAAAUCAAAUUAAUCAUUCUACAAAUUCUUUAUUGGUCACUAAAUGGACCUCUGGAAUUUAGUGAGAUUCCAAAGUUCUUAUCUAUGACUAAUACAGUGUUUUUGUUGACUAGAUGGUUAGAAACUGCUAUUCUGUAGGCCAGUUCAGUCCUGCUGUGGCCUGAUGACCUAUUGAUCUCUCGUGUUCACUCGAAUAUGAUGCUAUUUCUGUGGCCAAACCUGUAGUGUGCUCCACAUGUGUCUCCUGUAGUUAGACCCGCCAGUGUGCUACUGGAGUUGUCCUGUGAUCGAGUGUGUUCUCUCCAAACACACCACUGUUUGGAGAGCCACUCCGUUGGAGGCAUGUUCCAGAACGUUGAAGAACCCAAUGGCCUGUGAGGACAGGGUGUUCUAGCAGGUGGUUCUAGAAGCUUCAGGUCAUUUUUUUUGCCCUGUGAAGCAUGUAGUCCAGACUGUAGCAUUUGAAAUGUGAUCUGAAUAGACAUGUCCUGGCCAGAAACAGACAGGCAUGAGUAACUGGUACCUCUGAGACACUGGUCCCAUGACAGCUGUUUUGUAGACUUGGACCCCUAAGCUGCAUGGCUUGGACCUUUUUGUUUUUGAAGAGGUGGACCUUUAAAUGAAGAUCUAUGUUUUCAUUCCCCAGUGUGAAUCCAUUUGAACCUUUUUUGUUGUUUAUUGUUGUGUACCGUGCGGAAUGGCACUGAAAAGCAUGCAUGUCUGGUUUUAAAAGUUGCGUAGAUAGAUUGUGUGGAUGUGUACACAUUCAGAGGUGGAUAGCGAGUCUGACCUGAUUUUUGGAGAAGUGCUCUAAUCGCACUUAGUUCUGGUGCCUGUUGGCAUUCGUUUUGUGCUGUUUGUCUUUGGUGCAGUGAAGACAGUAAUGCAGGAGGUCUGUCUUCCAAAUCAGGGCAUAGUACAUGACUUCAUCUGCCAUUAUGGAACUUGUAUUUAGUUUAAGUUCUCUUGACCAGUGCAUCCUUCAGACAAAUCACCCAUAUGCCCAUGUGCACCCAGCAAGCUCAUGGCACUCGGUAGUAUAGGGUUAGACGGGGGAAUAAAGCCCAAUCCGGUUCCGCAUAUUCUAAACGGCUCUUGAACAAACAUGGUAUGAGGUAGUCUUCUCUGGGAGACUCUGGGACUAAAACAUGUUAUUUGGUCAUAGGAAGCUUCAGGAAUAGCCAAGGCAGUGCAUCUCUUUUUUUUAUUUCUAUGUCGUCACAACCUUUUGGAAGGCCAGGACGCAGGCAAACCUCACUGUAAUCUGCCAUCCAACAUCAGUGGUGCGUCUUUGCUGCAAUGACUCCCCCUGCUGUCAGUUGUUUGUCAUCAGCUCUAGUUUAGGAAGAGAAGUCACUUGAGAGACGCUGACCAACUCCCACAUUUCUAGUCUAUCAAGAGUUAAACUGAUGAGGGAGCUUAUUUUGUCAGUGAAAUGCUAAUCAACCAUGCUCAACAGACACCACCCUCCCCCAACACACUUCCUUCCUUCAGAAGCCCACCAGGGGGCCGGAACCCUCUAUGUUUGACUUCCGUAAGGUUCUGGUCUGACCCGCCAGCAUAGUGCGUCCUGGUUUCAGACAGACCCAGCUGCAAACCACAUGAAUGAGGGCAUAACGCUUUUUUUUUUUUUUAAAGAAUGUCUCACCUAACUUUGCACAGUAAAUGCUGGCGAUUUCUUGAGAUAUCUGCUCAGAAACUCCUCUUCAAGGUUAUUUUUUUGUUCCGUUAAUUUUUUGUUUCACAUUGUUUUUGUAUUUUAUACUAUUAAUAAUUAUUACCUGUUGUUUAUUUGCUUGUGUAAGUGUUAUGGGGAAAAUGUUAUUUGAGUGUUGUUUUGAAUGGACACUGGUGUAUGGACGCAUCAUAUCACCAUUGCUGGUUAUAUACCAAAUCACUAAAUCACCAACGUAAAGAAAAUGACAAAGCGAAGAUAAUAUGGAAAUAAUAAAGAGAAAUUAAUAAAGUUAAGUCAUAUAUGCAGAUAUGUGCAUAUGUAUGUAAAAUAUACAAUAUAUUUAUAGUUAUGUUAUUGGGACCAGGGGCAAUCUUACAGAAUUAUGGGAAAGCAAUAAUGUGUAAUACUCCUCAUGCUCAACGCCAAAUGAGACAAUGACAGAGAUUUAUUACGGGCACAGAAAGGUGAAACAUUAAUUUCCAAAGUCACACAGGAUACAAAAUAUUGAAUAAUGUAGUAGGUAUCAUUAAAAUAAAUGACUCCUCAAAAAAAAUUCAGAACCAAAUGCACCAUAGUUCUUUGAUAGACAAUGGUACCACAUGUUGUGGGGCAUGUCCCUGCAACUUACCAAUAGAGUUAAAAGUUUUCUGUAAAUAGCAGGGGCUAAUGAAGAGCUGUAAUUCUGCUUCAGCCCACACUACUGGCCUCUACAUCCUACUGAAGGGUAGGAGGCUGAAUAUUGGGCCUUUCUUGGAAAGCUGCAGCUCAAACUAAAAAGACUAAUUCACCUUGUUUGUACACUCUGCGCUCUGAGAUCUUCUGAGCCUCCUGCUGCUCGUCCCCACGAGCCACCUGUCAAACACACUGCUUCUGUAGUUUUCAGUCUUUGCUCAUCUCAGGGAGAAGAGUUUCAUGACACUGUUGCUUGCAUUUAUGUUUGUGAGAAGUAAGAAAUAGCUGUAGUGGUUAAAACGGAAAUGUUGGACAGAAAGUGCUCUGUUAGACAGGUGCAAAACGUGUUGUGAGAAAUUCAUGCAAGUUUCAUGCUUGGUGGAUUUUUUUUUAUGUAGGCCUCAGUGUUCUUGAAAUCUUCUCCUUACUUUAACAAUUCCAUUCAGAUAUAGAUAUGUGACUGUUUUGGAGUUGCAAUCCUGAUUGAAAUCUAUUUUGGGCCUUCAGCUGUGACCGUACCAUGAGUUGAGAUCACCAGUGUGUUUUUGUUUGAGGGAGAAGAUAAACAAACAUGGUGUGUGAUGUAAUAAUUUAUGAGAAUAUGGUUAUUGUGUUCCACAAAUAAAAUAUUUUCUUGUAAA